AUGGCUAGUUCCGAAGAUGACGAGGAUGCCAUAAUAGCUGUUACAGCAGCGACAACGUCAUUAAUAGCAUGUUAUUAUCAAUACUUUGUGGAGAAGACCAUAUGUUAUGAUUCAAUUCUUAGUGGCUCAGCUCACGUAGAUGAAGUUCUAAAUGGACAUGAUGCACGAUGUCAAAAAAAUUUUCGAAUGGAAAAGCAUGUUUUUUUGCUAUUAUGUGAAUUGUUACAAGAAAAACAGUUGCUUCGCCAUAGCAAGGGAGUUAGAGUUGAGGAGAAGGUGGCGAUAUUUAUGCUUGUCGUUGGUCACAAUGAACGCAAUAGAGUACUCCAAGAACGCUUUCAACAUUCUGGUGAGACAAUCAGUCGACACUUUAAUGCUGUUUUGGAUGCUAUUGUUCAACUUGCAGAUGAUUUCUUGCAACCGGCAGGGCCUUGUACUCCUGAUGAGAUAAGAGACAAUCCGAGGUUUUAUCCAUACUUUAAGAACUGUGUUGGAGCAAUAGACGGAACUCACAUACCGGCAAUGGUUAGUGAGGAAGAACAACCUCUUUAUCGGAACAGAAAAGGAUUUAUUUCUCAAAACGUUUUAGUAGCAUGCUCAUUCGAUUUGCAAUUUCAUUAUGUUCUUGCGGGUUGGGAAGGUUCAGCUCAUGACGGGCGUGUACUAGAUUCAGCCUUAACAAGAUCCGAUAAAUUAAUAGUACUAGAAGGAAAAUUUUAUCUUGGAGAUGCAGGUUUUGCUCUUACGCCAAGUUUUAUUACUCCGUAUCGAGGAGUUCGUUAUCACUUGAAAGAGUAUGGGAGAAAUCGCCCAAAAGAUGCCAAAGAAUUAUUUAAUCUUCGACACUCAUCAUUACGAAAUGCAGUUGAACGUAUUAUUGGAAUACUUAAAAGGCGAUUCCUUAUUUUGCAAGCACAACCUCAAUAUCCGUAUGAAUCACAAGUGAAAAUUGUGCUAGCUUGUUGCAUCAUCCAUAACCAUAUUCGCAGGGAGUGUAUAAAUGAUUUGUUUCUUGAUGGUGAAGAUGUUACCACUGUACCAGAAACUGAUGCUGGGAUACCAGAAGACAAUAACGAAGGUGCCAGACUCGGGAGAAAUAGAGACCGAGAUUUAGCGUCAGAACUUCGUACAUCGAUUGCUGAUGCAAUAUGGAAUAAUUAUCGACGACGUCGUUGUACUAUUUAG